AGCGCGCUCGGGACGCUGCUAGAGAGUUUCGAGCGCGUUGUCGCCGACGUCCUCGCCGAGCGCACGGUCCAGCGACGCGCGCGGCACUGCGGUCGCGGACCCCGCCCCCCUCCCUUCACUCGGCGGUUUGCCGCCUUUUGCAGUGAAGUCCCUCCUCCUCCUCACCCGCUCGCUAGCGUCAAGCCUAUGCGUCUCCCUACCUCGCUUUCUCUUCCGGUGAUUUCACCUGUGCGUACAACGCCGAGUUUCACGUUGCUCUGAUCGAAGGGCUUGGCACACACUACUUUUUGCGACAUGCCGCGCGAAGCUUGAAAGAAAACUGCGUGGUCCGUAGGGAAGUGUGGGAGUCGCCGCUGACAUGGAGCGUCGGAUGAGACUAUUUGCCCCACGAAGUGUCGGACAUCUGUUCAGAUACGCUGCACUCCUGGCAUAUUCAGUAGUCGCCCUCACCUCGAGGGGUGUGUCAGAAGCCUCAGGCUCACCAAAGUUAUGCGACUCAACCUACCAGCCAAUGUACUGCCGCUGCAACGUGGAAGACGGCGACGGCGAAGACCCCAGCGACGUGCAGUGUUUCAUCACGGCCCAGUUCGCGGCGGACGACGCCUUCCUGAAGAUCUUCGAAGGGCGAGCGUCCGUGGAGUCGCUGGGUUUCACCACGUACGCAUCAGGCACCCACAAGAUGGACUUCAUUCCGAGCGACACUCUGAACCGUAUGCCGGGCCUUGAGAAGCUCAAGUUUUCACAGAUGAACCUGGGCGUGCUAAGGAAACGGGCCUUCUACAACUUAAGUAGACUGGCCGUGCUUUCGUUGGACUCCAACGAGAUUACAGACCUGGAGAAGGAGGCCGUCUCGCACUUGCCGAGGCUUCGCAAGCUCGAACUCGCCGACAACAAUCUGACGACCUUAUCCGCUGGAGUCCUGACAGAGCUGCCGUCCCUUACGCACCUCUAUUUAGAAAAGAACCAGAUCACGACUAUCGAAGACUUGGCUUUUGUUCAGCUGAGCAGCCUCAGCGAGUUGGACCUCAGCGACAACGUCAUCGAGAACCUCGUGGAAGGGACGUUCAAGGGACUCGACCAGCUCACUCGCCUGGACCUGUUUCGCAACAAAGUUCGCAGGCUUGGCGCCCGCGUCUUCGGCGGUGCGCCCAUGCUGGCAGAGUUGGAUCUCAAGUACAACUCCAUCGACGAAGUGGACCCGCUGGCGUUCGACGGCCUUCCGCAGCUGGCGAUCCUGUACCUGUCGUACAAUCGGCUGCGUGUGCUGCCGGCCAACAUGUUCCUGGGCGCUCCCAACCUGAUGACCGUGGACCUGUCGCAGAACAAGCUGGUCACGCUCACGUGGAGGACGCUGCAGGACCUGGUCAACGUCGACGAACCAUCGUUCGAUCUUAGCCUCACCGGAAACCAAUUCAGCUGUGACUGUCGGAUCGCUUGGAUGCUGCACCUGGAGAACGUCACCCGCAGCGACAAAUUUCGCCGGGAACUGCGUCACGUCAAGUGCGACUUUGACGUUGCCGACGGUGCUCCGACUGCCAAGCCGGGUAGCGGAAGUUCUUCCAAGGUGGCCAGACUGAGCUUAAAGCAACUAGGCUGCCGCGAAGAUUACAAGCAUCCCAGUUUGAGUGGUCCCCACGGUGUUUCCCCAUCCUCCCCAUUCCCGAACCCUGACAGCCGCGAUUACGAAGAUUUGGAUGAUGAUAACGAUGGUGCUGAGCCGACUGCGGCCGGCAAGCUUGACAACGUAGGUAGCGUAACCAACAUAGGCCAAGACAUUGCUGAAUCGAUUCCUACAGUAGCGCUACCCGCAUCCGGUACUCGGGGAGAAAAAGAAGAGGCUGCAGAAGACGUCAGCGGGGACAUCCCUAUUUCCAAAAACGACAUCGACACGGUUCUCAGCCAACAGAAGGCACUCGAGAAGUCAGAACCUCCACGCAAGCCUAAGCCUCGUCCUGAAGGCGUGAACAGCGGAGCCUUUAGCGACUUCCAAGGGCCAAGUUCUGCCGGCAUAAUUGUGACGUCAUUCAUCACCAUGGCGAUAUCGAUGGACAGAUGAUGAGCAGGUAAUCUCAAAGAAAUCGCGGACAUGUGUUACACGAGACGCAAGCGGUUUUCGAAACAUCCAAGUCAGUUUCCUUGUUUGCUUCCCUGCUGCCGUCUAUAAUGGUCGUACUACGGCAGCACUUCGUGCGGUGCGUCGAAUGUGGUGCGCUAGCCUAUACACACCACUGACAGGGUGUGUAGAACUGUGAUUUCUUGUAGUCGAUUGCUGCUUUUGUGUUAUUCAGCGUGCGAGCAACUGCACAUUGUGUUACGAUGAGUCUUGGUGCAUCUGGUCGUUCAUGAGGGAGUGAGAAAAAAUACAUAAGGAUGUGAGAGCAUUGAAAGGAAUGCAUCCUCAGUCGCGGAAUCUGACUAGCGAACGUGGACAUAAGUACAGAUAUUUUGAACUGCGUUAAGUACAUUCGGGUUGGUAUAUAUUAUUUCAGCGAAUAUACCUUUGUUUUAGCUGAUUUGAGAGAGUAUUCAAUAUGUGCUUCUUUUACAGCAGCUAUAUGAGCAUUACCUCAUUCACUUUUAUUCUGUCUCCCGCGAAUAUUCAUGAAACAACGUUUUAACUAAGUCUCCACGGCAAUAUUUCGUAUGUAAGCAAGUGUUCCUGAGUGUUUAAAGCCUUGUUCUUGAUAGGCUUCGUUCUGUACAAGCAUUGCUUAUGAAUAAUACCGUGUGUUUCACGUCCCAAAACCACGAUACGAUUAAUGAGGGACGCCGUAGUGGAGGGCUCCAGAAGUUCUGGCCACCUGGUGUUCUUUUAUCGUGCACUCACAUCGAACAGAACACGGACCUCGACCACUUCGGCUCCACCAAAACGCGACCACCGUGCCCGAAAUCGAACCUAGCACCGGAACCGAGCACCGCAGCCGAUCCCUGUAACCGCAACGCCACCGCGCUGCGCCAUUGCGUAUUUGCAGGAGUCAUGUAGCCCUCGAGAUAGGCAAAGUUUGAAGCGUUCAGUGAAAAUGCUUCAAUCGCGUGGCAAAAAGGUGUCCUCACAACGCAAGGCUUUUUGACCUUAUCAGUUUUUCAGGAACUGCGACAUGCAUGUGUCAAAUACGAUGGCGGCCUAUGAUGCCCCUGUCCGAGAAGCCACUGUUAAUUUUGUGUACAGUGCUACAUUAGGCUUUGAGCCCUUA